CGGGUAUCACAGUUCAUCUGCUUCGUGUUUUACAAAGAUCUACUCUUAAAGCAGUAUGAAGUCGACGAUUGCCAUAUUACUUUUAGCUACAGCAGUCCUUGCUGAGAAUACCGUGAAGAAAACUGCGAAACGUGGUGUCUUUGGAGAAGGUAUUGCUCUUGGAGGCGGUAGUUAUGGUGGUUAUGGAGGAGGACAUGGUGGAGCAAUUAGUUUAGGAAGUUCAUCGUUAGGGCUUGGUCAUGGUGGCAUUGGUUUGGGAGGAGCCGAUGUUAUCUCUUCUGGAGGAUUGGGAGGAUAUGGAGGAGGAUAUGGAGGAGGAUAUGGAGGAGGAAUUGGAGGAGGAUUUGGUGGUGUUGGAAUUGGAGGAGGUGGUAUUGGAGGAGGUGGUAUUGGAGGAGGCGGAAUUGGAGGAGGAGCUAUUGGCCAAGCAGUAAAUUUGGGAACAUCUGUUCAUACCCAUCAUACAGUUACCAAUAGAGUUGGAAUCCCAAUUCCUCAACCUUACCCAGUUACAGUAACAAGGAAUGUUCCAGUACCAGUACCUCAUGCAGUGCCAGUACCAGUAGAUCGUCCUUAUCCUGUUCAUGUUCCAAAACCAUACCCAGUUCCAGUAGUUAAAAAUAUUCCGGUACCAGUUGAGAAGCCAGUACCAGUUCCAGUUAGUGUACCAGUAAAGGUUGCAGUACCACAACCCUACCCAGUAGCUGUGCCACAUCCAGUGCCUGUUCCAGUACACAAACCAAUUCCAGUUCCAGUCCAUGAACCAAUUCUUAUCAAAAAACCAGUACCAGUCGUAGUCGGUGGAGGACAUUAUGGUGGAUUUUCAGGCGGAAUCAGCGCUGGUGGUUAUCUAGGAGGCGGUCAUGGUUUGUCUCUUGGAUCAAUCGGAUCUUCUUUCGGACAUGGAGCCUCUUUCGGAGGACUUGAAAGCCAUGGUUCUUAUGGAAGUUAUGGUGGCUCAUAUGGUGGUUCGUAUGGUGGCUAUGGAAAGGGAUGGUAAAGAAGUACAAACUGUGAUUGAGACGAUGAAUUUGGAACGGCUAUUGGAUUGAUUUUGAAUGAUUCAAAAAUAGAAAAAAAGAACUAGUCUGAAAUGGA